UUGCAUUCCAGGAUCAAACUCGCAGCAAUGGUGGAUUAACUGGUCCAGCCAGAUUGGUGUUCUCUUCAGCCUCGGCUGCCAGAUCAUAUGCUCCAUCUCUUCUCCCCAUAACAUGGUCCGGGAAUAGAGUAUUGUUGGCCGAUUGGCAUACAUAGUAUUGUUGGUCGACUGAAUGCAGCUCGUACACUACCAUGGUCUCAGGUCAACUAUAGUACUGUAGGUGGUGUGGUGUGGUGUCCAGAUGCAGGCACAUGUUUGAGACUGUAUUUAUGCACCUCAUCUCAUUUAUUAUAGUGGAUUAUCCUUCAAAAUACGUGCAUCCAGCGCGUACUCUCACAUGCGGAUGCGGUUCCUCGCUGUUAUCAGUGUUCUUAAUUUCUUGGUUGUUUGGAUACUUGUUGAGAGUGGACAGAAAGCUAGUUGGCAUCCCAUGUUGGCUAGCUUCUGUAACAUGGAAAUGGAUAGCAUAUUCUUUCAACAGUCUACUACAACUACUCAGUUGAUCUGGACUCAGCUAGCAAGCAGUGCCAUACUCUUCAGUGCAGGUGUUCACUUCUUUCAAGGUUUGGAGGUACCCUUACACUGAUUGCGUUGCAGGGUCAAGAUCGCAACAAUGGAUGGGGGGCCGUUGGGCUUCUGGAAUGACUGGGCGUCCCAGAUCGGGGUCCUCUUGAGCCUCUUCUUCCAGGUCAUACUCCAUAUCUUUGCCAACGUCCGUCGGCGUGACGGUGGCUCAUUUUGGCUGAGGUCCCCCCUCUGGGUGGCGUAUCAGCUGUCUGACUCCACCGCAACAUACGCCGCCGGCCAGCUCCUCUUCAGCGGCGCAACAAAAGACCACCAUCUCAUUGCCUUCUGGGUGCCAUUCCUCCUGCUGCACCUCGGUGGCCCGGAUAACAUAACCGCCUACGCCCUUGAGGAUAGCAAGCUCUGGGGGCGCCACUUGCUAAGCCUUGUGGUGCAGUUCCUGGCAGCUGGAUAUGUCCUGUACAGGCAUAUCAUCGGCAGCGGGACCUUGCUCAUGGCGGCUGCCGGCUUGAUAUCUGUUGUCGGUGCUGUAAAGUAUGCGGAGAGGACAUGGGCGCUCCGGUCCGCCAAGUUCAGCAACCUCCAGAGCUCUCUCAAGGUACGGGAAAAUGACAUGCAUCACCAGCAAUUUUACACCGAGUAUCAAGACUGGUACAAUGAUGGCGACCUAGCCCUGCAUCAUGCUCACUCCCUGUUUCAUAUCUGCAAGCGUGGGAUAGUUGAUUGCGUGAUUGUGCGGGAUGACCCAGAUAGCCUGGAUUCUCUGGACAUCAAAAUAAUCCAGGGCCUUUCGGAAGACCGUGAACACAUGUGGAGGGUGAUGGAGAUGGAGCUCUCCCUCAUGUACGAUAUCCUGUACACAAAGGCAAGUGUUGCCCACUCUUGGCCUGGCUAUUGCAUCCGUGUCAUCGCACCGCCCGCCAUUGCCACCUCUCUCGUGUUGUUCCAGUUGAGCAGCAAAGAUGAUUACAGCCUAGUUGAUGUUUACAUCACGUACACCUUGCUGGGUGGCGCCUUGGUCCUGGAGACGAAAUCGCUCCUUGUCGCACUAGGGUCAAGCUGGGUAUUUGCCUUCUUGUGUGCCACACAGUGGGAUUGGCUCCGGCAUUCUGUUCUGUGUGCUGGAAGAUGACAUCAACUUCGGCACACAUUUUUUGCUCUCCGCCGGUCCUGGCCUUGCAAGAGGAUCAUGACAGGAAGCUCAAGGAGGUGGUCACGCACCAUGGGGCAGCGCAACAUGCUGCGGUCUUGUGCCAGACAGGCCGAUCCAACAAAUCAACGCCUCGACAAUCUGUUCAAGAUGCUGAGCCUCGGCAAGUGGUGGGACAAGAGGUACUCGUGGACCAUCGAUGUCUGUGAGAAGGUCAAGAAGCUCGCAUUGAACCUCACAGCAAAUGAUAUCAACACAAUGGGCUUGCGCAGGACUAGCUGGGGUGAACGGGCACUCAAUGAGGACCUCUAUCCUGGGCUGUGGAAGGAGUUGGAGGUUUAUCAUGGGGUUGACUUCCAUGAGAGUGUCAUCAGCUGGCACAUCGCCACCGACCUGGUCCUUGCUGAAAUAGACCGAAGGGGCCAUCAUAAGUCUGAUGACAAUGUGGAGCUAGUCAGCGUACUGUCCAACUACAUGAUGUUCCUCCUCGUGGACUCCCCCGACAUGCUACCAGGCCUUCCCCAAAACUGGUUGUAUGAGCAAACCUGCAUACAACUAAAAAAGAUAUGCACUGAACACAACACUAGCUCACCCAAGAACUUGUUCCGAUCACACCAUCACCGCUGGAAACCUUCUGAGCUUGAGAGGGAGAUCGCCAUCGAUAUAAUGAGCGAGUUUGAAGAAUCCAACGUCAGCAAUCCUCGGCUCUCUUAUGCGCGCGUUAUUGCUCUCAAACUGCUUCGUAGGAAGGAAAACAUGGUUGAUGCGCUGCUAUCGCUGUGGUUGAACUUCCUGGCCUACGCAGCCAACCGGUGCAACAGGGAGGCGCAUGCGAGGAAGCUUGGCAAAGGCGGCGAGUUGCUAACUGUCAUCUGGCUUUAUCAAGAACACCUCCACCAAGUAAAAGAAGAUGGAAGAAAGGGGCCGAACCUUGUUUAAUUCGGUGUACUAAUGAAUGUCCAGAAAUAUCUUCACCUUCUGUAUUUUGUAAACUUACCUUUCUUCAGUUCAGUUCAGCAUCUUUGUUCAUAUUAAGUUUUUGUUACUUAUGAAGAAUUCUUCGGAGCACAAAGCACCAAUUGACAUGCUAGCUAGCCCAUGAUUG